AUGAAUUCUGAUAAAAUUAUCACUCUAGUAUGUUAUUUUAUAAUUUCUAUUUUUGGUUUAUUAAUAAAUUUAUUUUGUUUAUUUAAAAUAACAACAUUAAAAGAAUUUCGUCAUUGUUUUGGUUAUAUUUGUAUAUGCCAAUUAAUAGCAAAUUGCUUGACAUCAAGUAUAUUUAUUUUUUGGAGUUGUCCAAGUUUAAUAAUAUUUGAAAAUGAUGGUAAUUAUGAGACUAUAAAUCAAAUUUUUGGAAAAUUUGGUAUUUUAGCAUGGAAUAUAACAAUGUAUUCUCAUAUAGCUUCAUGUAUAAAUAGAUGUAUUGCUAUGUUCCUACCUACAAAGUAUGGAAGAAUCUUUAAUAAUAAAACUUGUGUUGUAGUUAUUACAGCAAUUUGGGGUUUAUCAAUAUGUCACGUUAUACCAUAUACUUUUUUUGGUUGUAUAUAUAAAUUUUCACCAGUCGAUUUAACAUGGACAUUUGUAUUUACAAAAUGUACUAAAAUAAUGACAUCAAUUGAUUUAUAUCUUAGUUUAUCAAAUGUAUGUAUUUCAUUAUUUUUAGAUUCAUUAAUUUUUAUAAAACUUGGUAUUCAAGGCAAAAAAUCAAAUCAAUUAUUAAAAACAAUUCCAGUAUCAAAAAUUAAUAGUAAUUUUAAUACAACAAAUAUUACAAAAAAACAUGAAAAAGUAAAUAAAAUAAAAAAAUCUAAAAUAAAUUCAGUUUAUAAUAACAGAAUUCGUUUUUUUCUUCAAUCUUUUAUUCAAAAUCUUUUAAUUGCUGGUGAAUUAAUAUGUUUUCAUAUAAUAUCUUAUCAAGGAAAAGGAAAACUUUGGGCAAUGGCUUUUUCUAGUUGUGCAUGGGCAAUGUGCCAUACCAUUGAUGGAAUAAUUUUAUGCGUAUUUAAUAAAGAGAUAAGAAAUUCUUUACUAAAUAUAUGUUCUUUUAAACAAGGAUAA